CCCUGAGAUCAUUUCAGUAGUUGAAUCAGCUUCGCCUGCAUUUCUUCUUGUGCCUUUUUCUCUUCCUUCUCGUUUUCCUUUUCUUCAACCUAAACGACCACGACGACUGCGUCUUCCUUUCUGUCUCAGCCAUGGUUCUUCUGCAGUUAGAUCCGUUUCUUAAUGAACUCACAAGCAUGUUUGAGCGCAGCACCGAGAAGGGCUCCGUUUGGGUUACUCUUAAACGAUCUUCUUUGAAAUCUAAGCUGCAAAGGGAUAAACUGGGGACUGCUGGGGAAGCAAUUGAGUAUAGAUGCCUUAUACGUGCCACUGAUGGGAAAAAGACAAUAUCUACUUCGGUUGGACCGAAGGAUCACCAACGCUUUCAAGCUUCUUAUGCAACUAUAUUGAAGGCCCACAUGACUGCUCUAAAGAAGAGAGAAAGGAAAGACAAGAAGAAGCCUGCAGAGGCUGAUAAAAGAGAAGGGAGUUCGAAGAGAUCGAAGAAGUCUUAAAUAAUCUGCUGACCUUCUGUGCAAACUGAGUUUUCUGCUGACUCUGUUUUUGUUUUUCCCCAGAUAUUUUGUUGUUUUCGAUAUUAGAGUGAGGUGAAGAGGAAGGGGAAAAGAAGGGAAGGGAAAAGGAUAAAAGGAGGAGAGACAAAGAUUAGUGAAUAAUUCUUGCAUUUAAUCUUUACAUAGAUAUUCAUUUAGUGGCAAUUUGUGAAAAUUUUCUCAGUUCCCCAAGAGGUUAUAAAGCGAAUCUUUAGGAUA